AUGAAAAAUUUAGGAUCCCUCAGCUACUUUCUUGAUCUUGAGGUGACAUCCAGCUCAGAUGGCUACUAUCUUUCCCAAGCUAAGUAUGCUUCUGAGUUGAUGUCUCGUGCUGGGUUGACAAAUAGCAAGAUUGUGGAUAGUCUUUUAGAAAUGAAUGUUAAGUUUCUUCCUACUGAUGGUGAACCAUUAACUAAUGCGACUUUGUAUCGACAGUUGGUUCGUAGUCUCAUCUGUCUGACCAUUACACGCCCUGAUAUUUCUUAUGCAGUCAUCCUAGUUAGUCAGUUUAUGCAUGCACCACGCUCUACACACUAUAUAGCAGUUCUACGUAUCCUCCAGUACGUUAAGGGUAUCUUAUUCCACGGCCUUUUAUUUUCAGCCCACUCUACUUUGGAUAUUCAGGCCUAUUCUAAUGCUGAUUGUGUUGGAGACCUUACAGAUCGUCUCUCUACCACUGGCUAUUGUUUCUCGCUUGAUCAUUUUCUCAUCUCUUGGAAAAACAAGAAGCGGACUGUUGUCUCUUGCUCCAGUACAGAGGCCGAGUAUCGUGCACUGGCAGAUACUACAUCUAAGUUUUCAUGGCUUCGAUGGCUACUGCAUGACAUGGGUGUUCCUUUUGACUAG